AUGGAGUUGCAGACAACACGGUCGAGUAGCCCCCAAAACCGUGACGUAGAACCUUCUGGCGACAUCGUCACGACGGCAAAUGAUCGAGCAGAACGAUUCCUGACGUCUCGAAAUGUAUUGAAACUCAUUUGCGCUGGGUUCUCGUUCUUCUAUGCUGGCACAAACGAUGGCACCACCGGUCCUCUCAUUCCGUACAUGUUGCGCAAUUACCAUGCCAGCACUGCUCUGAUUACAGUCAUAUACGUGGGCACCUUCAUCGGCUGGUUCAUCUCGGCUCUCACAAACACACAUCUGACAACGACACUGCGUUUAUCUCUGGGUGCCACGCUCCUUCUCGGCGCCGGGCUGCAGCUUCUCGCUCAAUUGCUUCGAUUCUGGGGACCUCCGUUCCCCUUGUUCGUCAUCACCUUCUUUCUCACGGCUCUUGGUCAAGCGUACCAAGAUUCCUAUUCCAAUGCAUUUGUUGCCAAAGUACCCCAGGCGCAUCGAUGGCUCGGCUUCAUCCACGCCAUGUACAUGCUCGGCUGCCUCACAGGACCUUUUGUCGGGACGCUCAUAUCCAGCCAUACGCACUGGUAUUAUACGUACGCCGCUGAAGCAGGACUUGGAUGUUUGAAUCUCGGAUUUGUGUUUGUUGCCUUUAGAGACGACAUUUUCCGAGCCUGGAAGAAGAGAGCUGUUGAGGGAAGAGACAAUACUCGAGCCAGAAACAAGCAAGCCAUCAAGGAGAUCCGGCAGACUUUACAGCUCCCUUCUGUCUGGCUCGUCAGUCUGUUCUUUUUCUUCUUUCUCGGAGCAGCCAUUACAGCUGGAGGCUGGGUCGUCGAAUAUCUCGUCCGGGUACGCCACGGCGACUUAUCUUCCAUGGGCUACGUCCCGACAGGGUACUACGGCGGCGGUUUCCUUGGUCGCUUACUCCUCGCCGAACCCACGCAUCGACUUGGUGAAAGACGCAUGAUCUUUCUCUACACUGUCAUCUGCGUCGCUCUGCAGGUCAUGUUCUGGACCAUACCGAACAUGGUCGCCGGCGCGGUCUUGUACUCUGCUUUGGGAUUCUUCUCGGGUCCCUUUUUCGUCAGUCGUAUUCAUCUCGACACUCCUUCUCACGGUGACAUUGCAGGCUUCGUAUUUGUCAUGGCCCAAAUGGGAGCAAGUCUCUUUCCGACCGUCACGGGAAUUAUCGCGGCCAAUGCGGGCGUCAAGGUUCUUCAACCAAUGCUAGUUGGGUUAUUUGUUCUGGUUGGAGCAAGUUGGUGGCUCGUACCAAAGGUUGAAAAGGGGAGAGGAGGAGAAAGGAGUGACUGA